ACGUCAAAACCCAAACAUCAUUUGCUCGGGGUAAAAUCUGUCGCGGACUGUCUACAGCAAAUACGCUGCUUUCUCUGAAACACCAGCGACCUUGACAAGCCACACGCGGGUCGCCCUAGACCGGCUGUCUGCGAGUCUGCAAACGGCAGUUAGCCGAAGCGAAAAACCAAUCAGGCACAGCGCUGGACUCGGGGCACCGGUUUCGGUCAGGGCCCCGAAAGAACCCGUUUCGUGGCCUGUGUCUUUUCUCUGCUCGAAGACGCUAGCUGUGCUUGUGUCUUGCGCUACCUGCGGCCCCUCUAAAUGUCUGCCCGCAACUGCUAGCUGCUGGUCUCGUUGACCGUUGCCGACAAGAUCCACGAGAGCGGCGACAACGAGCAUACCAGACCCGAAGGCAGGAGCGGAAUCCGAGCAAAGACACCUGUCAAAAAAUAAUCCUUUUUUAUCUUGGACUCGGCCGGAUCUGUGUGUCUUGCAACCACUGCUUCGCAUAGCGCUGUCCCGACAUCCCGCAGCGCCAACCGUACCACAGUGUUACUUCUGCCAGCUAGUUAUUGCGCAGUCUCGGCCAGGAGCCGCAAACAGCGCGCUGGCGGAUUCGCAUUUCUAUUUCCGGGAAUUCCAAGUCAAGACGCAUGUCAAGUGACCAAGGCGUCGACGCGUCGAACUCUGUGAAAGCCUUCCACUUGUAACCGGUCAACAUGGCGCAAUACAAGUCACGCCCUUUGGCAGCUGUUCUGCUGCUCAUUACCGUCGGAUCGCUGCUGACCGCUUCCGAAUCGGUCCAGCUUUCUGAAGGCAUGAAGAGGCUCAGCAUGAGAGGAAGAAGUCCCAGCCCGAAAACGGGAAGAUUUGAGAGUGGAGACGAAGGGACAUCUACAAUGUCGCCCUCCGUCGCAGCACGCCAACAGGAACUAGGGCUGCUCCGUCCGGAAGAGAGGCUCAUUGCGGGUCAAGCCAAAGCAGCGGCGCUACAGACUGUCCAUCAAUUAGGAGCAGUUGUUCUUACCCCAGAGCAAGCUAAAGCCGCAUUGCUAGACGAAAUUCUCAGAGCCACGCAAAAUUUGGACCUCAAGAAGUACGAGAAUCUCAACACGGAGCAACAAAAGGCCUAUGAACAAGUCCAGAAGGAUCUUUCGCUACUGAGUCCGGAAACGAAGGCUUUGCUCAUUGAAAAUCAUAGGAAGGAGAAAUCCCUACUUGAACAGGCGAAAAGGCUGUUCCGAAAACGCCACUACCACGUUACCAGGCAGGCGGCUUUGGCUGGACAAAUCCUCAACGAGCAGAGGGAUGCGAGUGGAGCAUUACAAUCAGGUGCUGUGAAGGCUGCGAUCCGAAAAGCCAACGAGCAGUACAACGUCGCUGAAGAAGACAAGAACUUUAACGAGGAACAGCAUGCAGCACAACUGAAAAAGGUAGGCGCUAUGCCCUAGUCGUAAAAACGACGACGAACCCGCGUCGGAAAUCCCGAAUCUGUUUGGGAUGGCUUUGACCGGUAUGAAGAGGUCAAACACAGCUUCUUGUCAGACCAACAUUGGUCAAUUCUGAUUUUUUCCGUUUAUUCGUUUUCCAUGAUGAACAAUCACUUUGAAUAUGGUCUGCCGCUCAGCACGAAAACGGCACAGACGCAUUCCCUCAAACUAGUUACUCUGCUUGAACUAAAACUAAUGCUGUUUGCUGGUGAGCUGAAACACCAGAGGUUCAAACAUGUCCGAUAUACGCAUCGCAGGGGUACGCCAGCAACAUUACGUUGAUUCUGUUCGAUUCUUUG